UCUCGUGUGAAAAUGAUUGCAAUGUUUGUAAAUUUAUUUAUUUUGCUGCUACUAUCGUCGACACAAGGUCUGCGUAUCUCAGAACAGAAAUGCAGUGAAUAUGAGGCAGCUACCUUGACGACAACAAUGUCGACAUUAUUACCGAUCUCAUCACCUAAGCCCAUCUCCCUCCAUAACUGUAACCAAGUGAAGAGCCUCAUUUUAACACCGAAGACGAGCCCACAUGAAUUCCCGCAUCACGCCUUAAUCGGUUGGCCCUCGGAACAUACGGAUGCAAAGUAUGUGUUCGAGUGCAGUGGCGCACUGAUAAGUGAUCUAUUCGUCUUAACUGCUGCCCAUUGCGGGAUCCGUACAAUACCUACGGUGGUACGUCUAGGGGAGCACGAUCUCAACGACGAACUAGACAACCAUAGGGAUAUUGAGAUUGAGCGAUUCGUAAAACAUCCGGAUUUCAACGCUCGUCACGUGUACAAUGAUAUUGCGCUGAUCAAACUGAAGGAUCAGGUGUUGUUCUCGAACGUCAUUCGUCCCGCUUGUUUGUGGACUAAAGAAAACUUCAACUUUACCUCGGCCAUUGCUACAGGGUUUGAGACCGAAUAUGGCGAUCAAUCUCCGUACAGCCUGCAGAAGGUAGAUAUGAAUUUUAUUUCCAAUGAUAUAUGUGAGCAGUUUUUCAAAGGCCUACGAAGAUUUCCAAUGGGAUUGCACGAGACACAGAUCUGCAUGACCCCAGUUAAUAAUGGAAAAGACAACUGCCAAGGUAACUCAGGUGGACCUGUUCAAGUGGCGCAAGGCUGUAUGUAUCAUGUAGUAGCAUUCACUUCCAUGGGAUUUACCUGCGGUGCAUGGAACGCACCCGCAGUGUUCAGUAAAGUUUCGAGCUAUAUCGAUUGGAUCGAGGAGACAGUGUGGGUCUGAAUAAUUUUCUGGUAAAGCAAUGGAGAAAAGAGAAAACCUGAGCUGGGAUUUACGUUGAAAAUAUUUAAAUAAAUAACGUAGUUAUUUGUGCUUAUUA